AUGGUCAUAUUCAGAAGUUCAUUUCCAGACAGUAUCAUACCGGCUGAUGCCGACGUGUACUCGUUCCUAAUCGAAGGAACAAAGUGCGCUCAAGCUCCCAAAAAAGACAAGGUAGCUCUAAUCGAUGCCACCACUGGAGAAUCACGUACAUUCGGCCAACUAGUAGAGCGCAUCGAACUCUUCGCCGCUGGUCUAGUCAAGAACUACAACUUCAAACCUGGCGAUGUCGUACUCGUUUUUUCGCCAAAUCACAUCGACUAUGCUACAGUUCUCUUUGCCGUUAGUCGGCAAGGCGGAAUCACCACUACCGCAAACCCGACAUACACAGUUCCGGAGUUGACGUACCAACUGAAGGAUUCGGGUGCCACGAUUGUCAAUACUGUGCCUGACUCGUUGCCUACGGCGAUGAGUGCGUGCAAGGAGGCUGGAAUUCCUGAUGCUAGAAUAUUGCUGCUGGGUGAUUCAUGGGCUGGCGCUCAAAAGCGGAUUCAGGACGUGUUUUCGACGCAGAUUCCGCCCCGAUACGUGUAUACUCGUGAGCAAGUAUGGAAUCAACCUUGCUAUCUUGUUUAUUCUAGUGGCACUACCGGGCGUGCAAAAGGUGUCGAACUGACACAUCGCAACAUUGUCGCAAACGUCAUUCAGCAAUACGAUAUGGAAAAGAUGUAUCUGGACUGGUCUAAUGACAGAUGGGUCGGCGUGUUGCCCUUCUACCACAUUUACGGAUUAGUACGAGUACUACACGAUGCCACAUACAGAACCAUCCCGCUCCUAAUCGUUCCUAAAUUCGACCUGGCAAAUUUUUGCUCUUUGGUGCAGAAAUACCGGAUAACGGUGGCUGCUUUAGUACCUCCGAUCAUUUUACGUCUAGCAAAAGAUCCUAUUGUAGAUCAAUACGAUUUAAGUUCAAUCCGAUAUAUUUAUUCUGGUGCUGCACCGUUAUCAAAGGAAUUGACAUUGGAAUUCAAGGUCGGCACGAUUACCUGGCAAACCGGAUAUCCUACAAGCUGGGGAUUAAGCGAAACCAGUCCCACGGCAACUAUAACGCCCAUGGACUGUAUUGUUCCUGGUGCUUCUGGCAAACUAAUCCCAUCAGUGGAGAUUAAAAUCGUACAUCCCGAAACUGGAAUAGAACUAGACUAUGAUCAAGAGGGAGAGAUUUGGCAUCGAGGACCCAACACCAUGAGAGGCUACUGGAAUAAUACCAAGGCUACUCGAGAAUCAAUCGACAACGAAGGGUGGUUUCGGACUGGAGAUAUUGGUUACAUUGCUGCAAAUGGUCAUAUAUACGUUGUGGAUCGACUGAAAGAAUUAAUCAAGUAUAAUGGUCUGCAAGUCGCACCAGCAGAACUCGAAGCCCUCCUCAUAUCCCACCCAGCAAUAGCCGAUGCUGCUGUUAUUCCAUUCCCUGAUGCUGCAGCGGGAGAAUUACCAAGAGCUUUCGUAGUCGCCAAAGCAGGUAAACACACCCCAACGUUGGCAGCAGACUUGUUCAAGUUUGUCGAUGACCAAGUAGCGCCACAUAAGAAGCUCAGAGGUGGGAUAUGCUUUGUGGAUGCGAUUGAAAAGAGUCCGUCAGGCAAGAUUCUAAGGAGACUAUUACGAGAUAAUCCAGGAAAGGGUUUAAUUCCUCAUCCGACGUCUCGUGGUGGUGGUGCACGACUGUGA